UUUGCUUCUUGCUGACAUUUUUGAAAAUUUUCGAUUGACUUGUUGGAACACGUACAAACUGGAUAGUUUACAUUAUUAUACUGCGCCAGGGCUCGCUUUCGAUAGUAUGCUAAAACUUACGGGGGUUGAAUUAGAACUACUAACUGAUAUUGAUAUGAUAAUGUUCCUAGAACGAGGGAUACGUGGGGGUGUCUCGCAGGCGUGUAAUAGAUAUGGAAAAGCAAAUAAUAAGUACAUGGGAAGUAGUUUUAAUGCAAAUGAACCUAUAUCAUAUUUAAUGUAUUUCGACGUAAAUAAUCUCUACGGUUAUGCGAUGUCGUUUCCUUUACCAGAAGGGAAAUUUGAAUGGGUUGAUGAUGUCUACUCUAUUGUAAUUAAUGACAUUCCCGACGAUGGUGAGUACGGUUACAUAUUUGAAAUCGACCUAAUUUAUCCAGUAAAACUACAUAAAAAACAUCGUGAUUUACCAUUACUUCCGGAACAUUUAAUUCCACCAGCUUCCAAUUCAAAAAUGCAUAAAUUAAUGACCACACUUUACGAUAAGAAAAACUACAUUAUUCAUUAUAGGAAUUUAAAACAGGCGUUAAAUUUAGGUAUUGAAAUUGAAAAGGUUCAUCGUGUAUUAAAAUUUAAACAAUCACCUUGGUUAAAAAAAUAUGUCGAUUUGAAUACAAGUUUACGACAGGCGAGCAGAAACGAUUUUGAAAGAAAUUUCUACAAACUUAUGAAUAACGCUGUAUUUGGUAAGACAAUGGAAAACGUACGAAAAUAUAAGGAUGUUAAAUUGGUAACAAAAUGGUCCGGAAGAUAUGGUGCAAAUUAUUAUAUUUCACAACCAAAUUUCCAUAGUUGUACGAUAUUUGAUGAAAAUAUGGUACUUAUUGAAAUGAAAAGGCUAAAUGUUACAUUUAACAAGCCAAUAUACAUAGGAUUCUGCAUACUUGACAUUUCAAAAACUAUACUAUACGACUUUCAUUAUAAUUACAUUCAAAACAAAUUCUGUGAGAGGGCCAAAUUACGUUAUACUGACACAGACUCGCUAAUGGACGCUAGUGGAGAAAAGAAAUACCGACUUGUUAUCGACUACCGACGUCUCAAUGAGAUAACUGUGGAAGAUAAAUAUCCCAUGCCGAAACUUGAGGAAAUUCUCAACAAUUUAGGAAGGUGUACUUACUUUUCAACGCUGGACCUUGCCCAAGGUUUUCACCAAAUUGAAGUAGCUAAGGACCCCAUCAAAAAGACAGCAUUCACAGUGGACAAUGGGCACUAUGAAUAUAAACAGAAAGCUACUAUUUUCAUUACAAGAGCGGACAAGGGCAACGUCACAGUUGUUAUGAAUCGAACCGACUAUAUUGGUAAAGCGAUGAACAUGCUCGCUGAUAAAGACAACUAUGAACGUUGUAGUCUAUCCACCACGGCCCCCAUGGGCGUGGGAUUGAGAUACGCUCAAUCAGCGCGCGAUGACUAUGUCACCGCUACCAGGUCCUUCCAUUUGGUUAGCAAGACCAUCUGGAACCCUCUGGUGCGGGCGGGACCUAUCUAA